GCGUAGUAGCUCUUCCUGCAUUGCCAAGUUAUAGUAUUUGCUUGAUGGUUUUAAUGGAGUUUCGUCUCUUUAUAAUCUUAGCUUUACUUUCUGUGGUUAUAACAGGAAAUAAUGCUGCUCUACCUGCUGAAGUGUACUGGCAUUCCAAAUUGCCAAACACUACAAUUCCACAAGAGUUUCUAAAUCUUUUGCAGCCCGAUAUGGGAGAUAAGCCUAUUUAUUGGGAAAACUUGGAGAAGGCAUAUAUAAAAUAUGACAGACGAUAUGAGAAUGCUUUCGUGGGAAGUAGGGAUGAUACGAGGGAGAAAUUUCAUAAACAUAACCUGAACCUCCCUAACUCAACUGGGUUUUUUGUCUAUAAUGAUCUCCAUGUAGGCCAAAAAAUGAGACUUCAUAUAACUAAAUCAACGAACAAAGCUAGAAUCUUGCCUCGUCAAGUUGCUGAUUCUAUACCUUUCUCAGUUGAUCACUUACCAGCAAUUUUACAACGUUUCUCUGUAAAACCUGAAUCUCCUCAAGCCAAAUUCAUAAAACAAACUAUAAAGGAUUGUGAAUCAUCUGGCAUUAAAGGAGAAGAUAGAUAUUGUGCAACUUCUUUAGAGUCUUUAGUUGAUUUCACUGUUAAACAUGUUGGAGAUAAUGCUCAAAUCCUCUUCAAUGAAAUAGAUGAACAGAGGAGAGAGCAAGAGUAUACUAUAACGGACGUUAAAUUGAUCGGAGAAAAUCAUGUAGUAUGUCACAAGCAAAAAUACCCAUAUGCUGUGUAUUUUUGCCAUGCGCUAAAUGGCACUAAAGUUUAUAUUGCUGGAUUGGUCGGUGGUGAUGGUAUUAAAGCUAAAGGGGUGGUUGCUUGCCAUUCAGAUACCUCUGCUUGGAAUCCAGGACACUUGGCCUUUUUGCUUCUGAACAUGAAACCAGGGGACGGAACUGUUUGUCACUUUAUUAAAAGUGAUACUAUUGCUGUGGUCUCCAAUAAUGAAAUUAUUGAAACAAAGCCUCACUGAUACCAAAUAUCAUCGGUGCAGUGCUUAGGGUUUUAAGCAAAGUUUCUAGCUGUAGUUGUAACCUAUUCUACUUCUCUCAAUAAGUCACUCUUUUAAGUGGCAAUUCUUGGUAUUAGAGUUC